UUUAACAGAUUCCAAGUUCCCGAAGGACUAAUUCGUCUUCUGCGGAACUACAAGCAAAAACCUCACGAGAAUCCUGAUAGUUGCCGUCAUAGGUUGUACAGAUACUUGUGGUCACUUCUAUGGGUAAGCAUGCGGUUCUUUGCACUCUUCUUGUACAAAAAUGCUCCAUCCUGUUUGUGUGUUUAAUUCUUCGUAUCAAGUUGAUGAAAUAUUUUUGCAAUGAUGAUGGAGGUGACGAGAUAUUUUCUGGGAGGUCAAUACUUUCAUUGUCUUUGAAAUCGAAAGAAAAUUGAGACCUCGAAAACAGUGAAAAUUGUCUACUUGUUUUAAAACGGGUUUUGAAAGACCAUGAUCGAGUCUUGAAAGACAUUUCAAUCAAGAUGUAUCCACAAAAUGGAAGUAUGUUGUGGCAUAAUUGUUUCAAGGUUUCUCCUUCCUACAUGUAGUACCCUUGAAUGGUAGGUCUUGUCUUUCUGACUUGCAUUAUAUUACAGAAGGGUUUAUUGUCUAAAGUAGGUAUUUUGAAAAUGUGAGUUGUAAUAAAAACUGGACUAACAGUAUUGGUUUUAUUUCCUUUUUUGUAGUUUGGAAGUGGAAAGACACUAGGCGCCUCUGUGGGCAGAUAG